AUGGAUGCCGCUCAGCUUCCUCUCGGCGCCCUCGUUGGCGCUGCGUCAUCCGUGAGAAUCCUCCAGCCGUGGCAUCAUGCCCCUCUGCCCCUGGGAGACAUCAAGCCGAGCGGUUGGCUUCGGGGCGAGAGCCGGGCCAUGGCCGACGGCCUCUUUGGACAUGAGCAUGACUUUUACGUGUACGUGAAUUCGUCCAGCUGGCUGAACAAGCCUGGCACUGGCGGCGUCGAAUACAGCAAUCUCAACGAGGCCCUGCCGUACUGGUUCAACUCCAUCGUGCCCCUGGCCUACACGCUCGACGAUCACAGACUCAAGGACCAGGCGCGCACCGUCGCCGCCCAGGUCCUCGGCUACCAGGCCGAGGAUGGCUGGAUUGGCCCCGAGGUCGGGGACGCGAGGAACUUCUGGGCACGAACGCCCAUGCUCCUCGGUCUGAUCCAGCUGGCCGAGGCGGACAAGGACAGUUGGGAGAAGCCCGUCGUGGACAGCCUGCGUCGCUUCAUGGCCCUGGCCAACAAGAUGCUCAAGAACAACAGCGAGGGAUUCGUCCGGUGUCGCGGCGGCAUUGACUGCUCAUGGGGCCAAGUCCGCAUCCACGAUCUCAUCAUCACCAUUCAAUGGCUCCUUGAGCGCCACCCGUCGUCGUCCCAGGACCCGUUGCUGUGGGAGAAUAUGGACUUGUUCUAUUCCCAGAAUCCACGCAAAUGGAACGUCUACUACGCCAGUCCCCAGCGCGCUGAUCCGACAAAUGCAGACCUCUUUCCAUAUAUCCAUGGCGUCAACGUCGGACAAGGCCUCAAAGCAUCGUCCGUGCUGUAUCGCAUCAAUGGCAGCCAGGCCCUGGCUGAAAGCAGUCGCACAGCCGUGGACUGGACCUUUGCAAACUACGGCUCGGCUUCCGGGACUAUUCUUGCCGACGAGUACGAAGCCGGCUCGGCCCCCUACGGUGGCAGUGAGUUGUGUACGGCCGUCGAGACCAGUUACUCGCUGGCCUACCUCUACCAGAUCCUCGGCGACAACUCCUUUGCCGACAGGGCCGAGCGCAUCAUAUUCAAUGCCUUUCCCGUCAUGAUGACGGGCGACAAGUGGGCGCACCAGUACAUGGCGCAGCCAAAUCAGCCGUGGGCCGUCAACGUGACCAAGGCGGACGGCAGAACGCCGCCUGUAUUCACGACCGCCAACAGCGGCCUCGCGACGACAUUUGGAAUGGAGCCCCUGUACCCGUGCUGCACCGUCAACCACGGGCAGGGAUAUGCCAAAUUUGUCUCCCACAGCUGGGUGAGAGUCGGCGAAGGGGGGCUCGGCCACGCCCUCCUCAGCCCGACCAAGGUGGUUACCACGGUAAAUGACGGCGCCGUCACCAUCACCUGCGACACGGCAUACCCCUUCGAAGACACCCUGGAGUAUCGAAUCGACGCAGACGCAUCAUUCGACCUCUACUUGCGUGUCCCAGACUGGGCGACCAGCUACACCAUCACGGCGAUAUCACCAGCCGGCGUUGCUACCAACAUGACCGCCACCACCAAGGCCGUCGCCUCCCACUCCGGCAAGGGCAUGCAAAGGGUCCCGAUAGAGGCGGGUGGCUCCAAGGUCAGGUUCACCAUUGGCGCCGCGAUUCGCACCGAGGCGCGUCCCAACGACGCCGUCGCCGUCUUCUUCGGCAACAUGAUGUACGCCCUCGACGUCGGCUUCGCCGCCAACUCGUCCUACCCGCACGCCUACUACGACACAAGGGGCCCCGGGCUGGACUACCUGCCCUACAAAGAACUCCGCGACUACUACAUCACCAACACCAAGCCCUGGAACGUGGCUAUAGACCCUACCACCCUGAGGUACGCCGACGCCCGGAACAAGCGCCUCAUUGACCCCAUCUUCGAGCACGCACAGCCGCCUAAUUACAUGACUGUGGACGGGUGCGAGAUCAAGUGGAACUUGUACAGGGAUACCAUUCCCGACGUGCCGCCUGCGGACAGAACAUGCACCGGGGAGAAAAAGUCGUAUAGGCUGAUCCCAUACGGCGCUGCCAAGGUUCACAUGUCGGACUUGCCCGUCAUCAAGUUUUAG